AUUCAAACAGUUUUUGCCAUGUCCUCCAAAGAGGGUCCGCAGUUUGUCGUUGAUUCUGCAAGAGUGCGGCUUAGGGACCGGAUAUAUCAGAACGGUUUUGUUAAGUGAAAUAUUUCAAACGUCAAUUGAUGUAGUAAUAAACAUACAUGGGCAAAAGUUUGAUAAGAAAUUAAAUUUUACUUCAAUAAAUUAAACAAAUCCACGUAAAAUACACAAAAAUAAUAAUGAUUAACAGCAUCCAAAAGUGAGAAUUAUAUGUUAUGUGUGACAAAAUGUGAAAGAGAAAUGAUCACAAAAUCGGAAUUGUUCGGAUCUCAAUCAGUUCCAUCCAUUAUAUUAAUGGAAAAUGAGUUUUAAAUGCUAAUGGCCCGCAUAACAAUGGAUAUGUGCAAGCAUACGACACCCAAAGUUCUGUCCGAGAAUAUUACCUUUGAGUGCUAUUUGUAUUGCAGCAGCAGUAGCCGUAGCGGAGUUCGGCAAAUUCUUCAGAAAAAAAUUAAUAAAUAUAAAUUUAAAUUGCUGAAAAUGUUCCUCAACCUCAGCGGACAUUAAUAAGUAGUAUCGCAUGUGCCACCUGACUGACUCGCCAGAAGAGAGGAAAACCCAAGAACUAAUCUGGCUGGUGUGGAAAUUAUCAUCUAAGCCUACCCAAAAGGAUUAAAACGGAAUACGAAUGUCAUACGAGGGUCAGUGCGCGCCAGUCGAACGUCUAAUCCUACACGAAAUUGACGGUUGAUUGGAGGAAAAUCAACCCCACUGUCACCUACGUGCAUUAAACAGGAACAAGAGGCCGUCCAAAGGACACACCACCCCCGAAGCAGCCAACCCACACAACGACAGAUGUCGCCAUCAUCGGCCUCGACGCUGCCGCCACCCCAGCAGCAGCCGCAACUCCGACAGCGACGACUGCUGCCUGGAGAACGAGCCGGCUGCAUCUCUCGAGGCGACAAAUGGUGCCAUUUUCUCUCUGGAUGCCGGCAAUCAGACAGCGGAGACAGCUUUCGUUGCCGCUGGCCGGGAGCCUGGGCAUGGGCGCGGAGCGCGGAGCAGUUGAGUGCAUAUGACUUGGAAAUAUGGUUUCAGCAAAUCGAGGAAUUUGGCUUCCAGCCUGAGAAUGGCUUCCAGCCUCAGGGCGAGCACCUGACCACCGGAUGUGGUGGAUCCGCAACCAGCCCGAGAAGAACGAGGAACCACUACCACCUUGGUCACGGCCAUGGUCAUGGCGCCGAGCAGGGAAAAUAGAAUCUGCAGCAGGAACAUUUGUGGCAGCUGCCAGUGGGCUCAGCGAUCUCAGCGCCGGUAGCAGCCUCUGGUUUCCUACGAAAGGCAGAUUUGAUUAGCAGAAAGAAUAUUUGCUGAGCUGCAUCCUCGAAGCACACUCUUUCUGCGCACACAUAUAGGAUAGACCACUUCCCUUACAUCUACAUCAAUUUAAACAUGCUCCUGUGCAGCUCGACUGCGUGUCCGCUGUGACGUCCACAUUUAUUACCAGAGAUAAUAAUAAUUUAAUA